CUGCCCUCUAUAAAGUCUGUGAUUUCAGCUCGGAUCUCGAGUCUAACUAUAGGCAUUACUUCGAAAAAAACUGCAAGUUCCGAAUGCAUUGUGAAGACGAAAUACGGACUUAUCCAGGGCAGACGGUAUGUUACCAAAAAAGGCUGUGAAGCCGACUGCUUCCUUGGAGUGCCCUAUGCGAAACCGCCAGUCGGACAGCUGCGUUUUCAAAAACCACAACGUAUGGAACCAUGGGAAGGAGUGAAAAAUUGCCGUCAGUUCGGGAAUCGUCCCGUACAGAACGAUAUGUUCUGGGACAAAUUCACCAUUUUUACUCCGCAAAGUGAAGACUGUCUCUACCUGAACAUCUUCGCUCCUGCAAUUAAUCCCGCAAAGAGCUAUCCCGUGCUAUUCUACAUCCAUGGAGGCGGUUUUAUGAUGGAUUCCGCUGUGCGAUAUAAGCCCGAGAAUAUGGCUCGAUUGAUCGUGAGCCAAGAAGUAAUUAUCGUCACAAUUCAAUAUCGACUUGGAUAUCUGGGCUACUUUUGCACAGGUGACGGUGUAGCCAAAGGCAAUUAUGGGGCCCUCAAAUGGGUGAAAGAAAAUAUCCAUAAUUUUCGGCGGCGAUCCAAAUCGGAUUACGGACUGUUCAACCGGAAAAUUGUCAUGGGCGGAAACUCCUUCUGUUACUGGUCAUCCACUACGAAGGAAAAGUGUGCUGAAUACUGCAGACAGAAAGCCCUUAAACUCGGAUGGAAACCCGACCCACAAGGUACCCUUGUUCUUUUCCUGCAUUUUCAAAGAAUUUUCAACAUUUUGCUGAAUAAAACUCUUCAAGGCUACAAUUCAAAGGAAGAAGAAAGCCUCGACAUGCUAAAUUUCAUGCGAAACGUGCCGGCUCAAAGCCUUGGUAUGAAUAUGAUUGGCAACGAAGCGUUCUUUAACGAAGCUCGUCUUCCGCUGACACCGGUGAUUGACGGGGAAAUCCUCCCGAAAGCGAUUUCUGAGCUACGCGCGGAAGCGCCACCAAUGGAAUCGAUCACCGGUGUCGGGCGACAAGAAUCGUUGCUAUUUAUGGCUUUGGGAGCGAUUAGAGGCACCGGCAAGGACAUGAACAAACUCGUUCAAGAAGUCGCUCGCCAAACUCAAUUGAACGCAGCCGAGGUGAAGGAAGUGAUUUCACGGGUCUACGGAGAUUUCAACAAACUGCGCCAAGACCGAAAAGCCAUGCAGGACGCCUAUGUAACGGUAGGUAGCCCUAAGAACAUGAAGAUGGUAGCUCAAUCGCGAA